CACAAUGGCGCCGACCAAGAAGAAACACGCACGGAGUAAAGCUUGUGUUAUUCCUGGAGGAUUUACGGUUCUCUCUUUACAGUUUAGCGAAGAAACGGUCUCCCGACACUCUCUUUACGUGAAGGAGCACCGGGUUCGAGCAGAGCAGACCUCCCGCAGACCUCUGGACCGGACUUUAUUCGUGCUCAACAUCCCUCCAUACUGCUCUCAGGAUGUUGUUAAAGAUUUAUUCAGCCAGUUUGGCAGCGUUGACUCAGUUGAGUUGAAAGACCAUCCCGGUUCCUUUCAAGAGUCUGGACCCAUAGUGUCCAAGGUUUUCAGACCAGCUGAAAAACAGGGUUUCAAAGUCGGUUACAUUGUGUUUCAAAACUCCUCCAGUCUAACAGCAGUUAAAUCACACUCGUAUGACGUCCCUUUGGUGGUCUGCACCGAGCAGCGGCCUGUGAGAACAGGACUGCAGAAAUGGGUCCAGCAGUACCAAGAGUCCUUCAUCCAUCCAGAUAAACUGCAGAAAAAAGUUGACUUUUUCAUGCAGGAGUAUGACAAGCGUAAAGAAGAGGAAGCAGAGCAGCAGAAGCAGGAGACUGAGCAGCAGCAAGAAGACGAAGAUGGCUGGGUGAAAGUUACACGAGGGCACAAGGGCACCAAGGCCCGUCCUCACAGCGAGGCCGCCAACCAGAGGACUCUACAAAAGGAGAUAAGGAAGAAGAAAAGGAAGGAGCUCAUGAACUUCUACACUUGGCAGCACAGGAACACCCAGAAAGAACAUAUUGCGGAGCUGAGAAAAAAGUUUGAGGAGGAUAAACAGAGAAUAGCUCUACUAAGAGCCCAGAGAAAGUUCAAACCCUACUGAGAUGAUGUUGAUAUGAUCCUCUGCUCAUUUUGUACCUUUCAUGCAUUUUAGUGACCUUAUUCUCCUUACAAUUUGUGAUUAGUUAUUGCUGUGUUUGACUAUGAAAAAUCUUUUCACAUGGUUGGAUACUUUUUUAUUUUAGUGGAAGAUGUAAGAGGUGGUGAAAAAAGUUAAAACAAAAGAAUUAAAAACAUUGUUACAAAUGU